AUGGAGAAACACGAGACAGCAACAGAAACCGAGGGUUCCUCUGCAGGCUUAGACAAGCCAAAGGGACCCGCGGUGAAGAUUUCGAAGCAAUGGGUCGUACCACCCCGACCCAAGCCGGGUCGCAAGCCUGCUUUAAAUGCCCAGGGAAAGAGAAAGAUUCCCAUCAAGCCAAAGCCCGCUACGCCUGAGACGUUCAGUUCGGAAGAGGCGCAAUUUCAUGUGCGCGAGGAACAGUAUCAGGAAAUGAUUGGGAGACUUCAGCGAAAGAACAAUAUACUGUUGGAGCAAUUAGAGACAAUGCACAAACAAAUGAGAAAUGUUUGCCUCGAGCGAAAUGUUACUCCUCCUUCGAGUGUGGACUUGUCGAGUGAUAUCAAUAGCACGGAAUCUCCCAAGGUCCAAAAUGCUGAACUACAGCGUCACAAUUGUCCUGUCCAACUUCCAUGCUCCAAAAAUGCCAUCUAUACGGAGGUACCGAUUGAGUUGGAUCCUCAUGUUUUCUUGGGGGAUUCAUCUAAGCGAGUCCGGUUGGCCAACAAACGUGAUGGGCAUGUGCCGUCCAAGACAGUACCUUUGAAAGCGGGUCGAGCCGUCAAUGAAAUAAACUUUACGCCACAGAACCCAAAGAUUACGGAGCGGAUUCGGGAGAAAGGUAUUUGUAACGGUGUUGAUGGAUGUCUGUAUUCCACUGAAUCCUCAGAAUGCGUGAAUAAAAAGCGGGCUCGGGAAUCCGAUGAAACAAAGAUUUAUGCGCAAUUGCUUAUUGAUCUCCAUAACUCUGCCCAGGAUGCUCCUACAGUGCUUGCUGGACCCUCGAUUGAUUUUCUUCAAUCCAAAUCAGCUCGAAAGCAAAAGCCGCCUAUACUGGAGCCUAGUUUGGAACUGAAUUCUGUUGUUCCGAGGAUUUCCGCAUAA